GCUUUGAAUACAUUAGUGUCGAACAGUGAAAUCGAGAGAUCGCAUCGUUCCUCUGCGAAAUACAAGCUUACAGAUUAUUACACAGUAUUAAUACACGAUAUCAUCAUGAUAAGGUACGCAAUUCUUUUCACCGCCUUCGUUCUGGUGCAGUCUCAAAGGCCACCUUACGCCGGAAGUAGCAAGCCUUAUCCUCAAGUACUUCCACAAUAUAUCGAGGAACAAGCUGCCGCAGCAGCUGCCGCUGCUCCUCCUGCUGCUCCAACUCUCAGUGCUGCUUCUCCUACUGUCGGCGCUGCUCCAGCUUCUCCUACUGUUGCAAACCGAAUCGAUGCAAACGAAACUUCCAAGUUACCUGGAUCUUCAAGUACGACCAGCGCCACGACGAUUCCUCAGGAUAUACCCGUGGACGCCUUGGGAGACAUCGAUUUGAUAAACAGAAUUAAAACUUGGCCGAGGGAAAAGCAACCUUUCUGGUUCAUUAAUUGGCAACAGAUUCAGGCGCAUCGGGGUGACGCGAACAACCCGGCACAACCGGUUCAAACGCAACCUAACUCGAGAUCGUUCUUCGCGGGUUAAAAUAAUACAUCUUUGAGUAUUAUCAUCUCGCUUAAUUGUUUCAUUUUAGACACGCUGCUGUCGAUUGUUUACUAGUCAAAAUCUUCUUCAUUUCAUACUGAUGGUGCGACUAUUCGACACAGGAUAGAUAUCCAGUGACUUAUUAUGUAAUUUGUUAAAUUUCCUACAAAAUUAUUUAUUCUUAAUUAUAUUUUUGUAAAACUCGCUACCAUUUAUGGAGAUUAAUAAAUAUAAUAAUCGAUGUUUAGUGAAUAGAUAUUGUAAACAAAAUACGUUGACGCAACGUUGAUCCAUAAUUCUAUCACGAAGUAACACAUGUGUUCAUUCACGGAAGAUAAUGUUUUUCAAUAAAUGUGAUGAAACAUUAUGUAUAAAAUUUCACGUUACUCGUGUUUAUGAUCUCCGUCAUUAGUAACCGAUAAUAAAAGAUGGUGCAAAAAUU